CUUCUGUCUACUUUCCUCUUUCUCCAGAGUCCAGACCCUGUUUUCUAACUACUCUGUUUUUCCAUUCCAUUUCCCCCCUGAUUUCCUGAAUCAUGGAUCCGGGUGAGAGCCAGAGAUCGGCAACUGAGUUGUUUGAAGCGCAGGCUCACAUCUACAACCACAUCUUCAACUUCAUCAACUCGAUGGCGCUGAAGUGCGCCGACGAGCUUGGAAUCGCAGAUGCAAUCUUCCGCCACGGCAAACCCAUCACCCUCCCCCAACUCGUUCCCGCGCUCAACAUCCAGCCAGCCAAAACUGCCCACCUGUACCGGCUAAUGCGCGUUCUCGUCCACUCUGGCUUCUUCGAAGCAGUGGUAGAAGACCAAGAAGAAGCUUACGCGUUAACACCGUCUUCGAAAUUGCUGGUGAAAGCCGACGCAAAUUGCUUGUCUGCCUUCGUGAAGGCUCUGCUCCAGCCCGAUUUCGUAACUCCGUGCCACGUGCUGGGAGAUUGGAUUAAGGAUGGUGGUGGAGACGAGAGGAAGAAGGAGCCUGCUUCUUCUCCAUCUUCCACGCCGUUUGAGAAAGCACACGGGAUGGCGUUUUGGCAGUACAACGAUCGAAACCCUGAGUUUAAUGCGAUAUUCAAUGAAGCCAUGGCCUGCGAUUCCCAGAUGGUGAAUUUGGUUAUUGGCAAUUGUGGGAAGGUUUUCGAUGGAAUUGAUUCUCUGGUGGAUGUUGGUGGCGGGACGGGGACGUUUGCUAGGAUUAUAGCCGAGGCGUUUCCUGGGAUCAAAUGUAAGGUUCUGGAGCUUCCCCAAGUUGUUGGUCACUUGGCUGGUACUUCUGGGAGCGUGGAGUUUGUUCCAGGGGAUAUGUUUCAGCAUGUCCCUUCCGCAGAUGCCGUCUUGCUCAAGUUGAUUAUGCACGGAUGGAAGAAUGAAGAGUGUGUGAAGAUCCUGAAGAAAUGCAGAGAAGCGAUUUCGUGCAAAGGGGAAGGAGGGAAGGUGAUGAUCAUCGACAUAGUGAUAAACCAGAAGAAGGAUGAACAUGAAUUGACUGAAACAAAAUUGUUGUUUGAUAUGCUGAUGAUGCUGGUGGUUAAUGGGAUGGAGAGGAGUGAGAAGGAAUGGGAGAGACUGUUCUUGGAAGCUGGUUUCAAGCACUACAAGAUCACUCCUUUGUUUGGGUUGAGGUCUCUGAUUGAGGUUUUUCCUUAGUAGAGAAGGACAUGACGUGAAUGAAACCCUAUUGCUAUUGUUAUUCUUAUGAGUCAUGUAAUCGGUAAAUGAUGAAAUAAAGUCUGCUUCAUGCAUUCCUAGACAGUAGUACUAGGAUCUGAGCCUGUGGGGUUGGCAGCUUAUAGAACAAAUAGCCAUUGGUGAUCAUAGCUUGACUAACAAUACUAGUUUGAAAUCCCAUUGCCGCUUAAUAUGAAGAAUCUACUUUGUGAGAGUACAAACUAGAA